AAUAAUAACCCCUUGAAUCACUAUAAUUCUUUUUAAAAAAAGGGGUUCUUUCAAUUCUUAUUUUUCAAAAAGAAAUUAAAAUUAUAUUCUUAUUUUAUAUCCUAACAUCCAUAUAUUCCCUUCUACCUCACUUCUCACCCACCCCAAUAGCCAUUCAUUCUUUUUCUUUCUUCUUGCUAUUCUUAUCACUCCACAUUUAAGUUUCUAUAAAAUCAUUAUCACAUUAUUUCUUAAACUUCUCUAGAAAAGUCCCUGAAAUUCCUUUUUUUUCUUUCUUUAGACUCGAGCACAAAUAUAAAAAGCCUAAUUUUUUUAGCAUAAAAACCAGUUUAGUGUUUCUUGAUUAGUUACAAGAAUUUUCUGUCAUAGGAACAUAACAUUGUUGUUGUUGUGCUUCUGACGUUGUGGGUCAGAAUCUUUCUGCUUCUUUCUUUUCUUCAUUCAUGGGGUUGUUCUUAGCUUAGCAGACAAGCACUUAAUUUUUUUUUUUUAAAAAAAAAAACCAUUUUUCAUCAACUUUUUGACAUUUCUUGAGGAAAGUUGUCAUAAUAAAUUCCAUUCAUUAUCACAACAAAAAUUUCUCACUAUGAGCAAAGACUUGUUGAGAAUGAAAACUAAGCAAAAUGGAAAUGGACUUUCAUCUUCAGGAUGGGAGAUGAGGCCAGGAGGAAUGUUAGUACAACAAAGAAGUUCUGAUUCAUAUCAAAGUUCAGUUACAGUUCCAACAAUUAAAAUCAAAGUCAAAUAUGGUUCAUCAUAUCAUGAAAUCAAAAUCAGUUCACAAGCAACUUUUGGGGAAUUGAAGAAAAUGCUAGCAGGUCAAACUGGAUUACAUCCUGAAGAUCAGAAAAUAUUUUACAAGGAAAAAGAAAGAGAUUCAAGAAGUUUUCUUGAUGUUGCUGGUUUAAAAGAUGGAUCAAAACUUGUACUAAUUGAGGAUGAGAUUAGCAAAGAAAAGAGGUUUGUUGAAUCAAGAAGAAAUGCAAAAAUGGAGAAUGCAUUAAAGGAAAUCAUAGCAAUUAGACUUGAUAUUGAUAAACUUGCUAAGCAGGUUGCCAAUGUUGAAAUGGACAUUUAUGGUGGCAAGAAAGUAACAGAAACUUUGCUAUUGAGUUUGAUUGAAUUGUUGAUGACACAAUUGAUAAAAUUGGAUGGAAUUACUGCUGAUGGUGAUCUCAAAUUGCAGAGAAGAAUGCAGGUGAAAAGGGUGCAAAAAUACAUAGAGACACUAGACAUGUUGAAAAUAAGAAAUUCAGCCCUUGGAAAUCACAAUGCCAAAGUGCAAAUGCACCACAAAAAUGGAAUAUUCACAGGGCAAAUGCCAAAAUCCAUGUAUUAUAAUCAAGAACAGAGGAAGAGGGUUAGUUUUGCUGAUCAGAGAAAUCCAGGGCCAGUUGUGGUUACAACAAAAUGGGAAACUUUCUAAGAAUUGAUAAUAAAAAAGCCUAAGGAAUAUUAGUGUGUGCUUUGAAAAAAUUUCAGAUUUCAGAUUGCAUAUUUUCGAGUGGCUUUAAUGGAAAGGGUAUAAAGUUAGGGGGUACAAAAAUAAAUUUUGGUUUUAUGGAUUCAGUGUCUUCAUUGUUUCUCUAUUUAUAUUUUGACCCCAGUUCUUGGGGUUAAAAUAUAAUGUGGUGAUUUCUUAUGUGGCCUUUGAAUCCUAAGUUGUAUAAAUGUAUAUAUAUGCCAGCACGUGGUGGAUAUAGAUAAAUUUAUGGUUUUACUUGAA